UAAUGCAGUGCAUUCAAAAGUUUAGAUAGAAACAUGAACGUAGCACUGUUGUUCCUGAUAACAUUAUCCUUGGUGUUGAUACAUAACGCCGAAUCGAAGAAAGAGAUUCCGGGCGGUUAUCCUAUAAAUCGAUUCGAAUGUACUUACGAAUGUGCUCACGCUGACACGGACCAUAUUCGAUGCAAGAAUUUGUGUAAACAAUUGGGAGGAAGUUGGGGGUAUUGUUAUUGGAAUACCUGUUACUGCGAAUAUCUUCCAGAUUCAGUGCCUCAGAAAAAUAGUAUCGAAGUUUUUAGCUGCGGAGCCACUAUCGUUGGAGUGCCUGAUACCGAACAACAGUAAAGAAUUGUUGAAAUAAAAUAAAAUAUAUUAGGCCAGUUAUCUGUGUAGUUCCUUUUUAUAUAAACUAAGCUCCCUGUUCUACAUCCAGAAACAAUUUAAAUAUUGUCAAUAAAUUAUAUUAAAGUGAAAAUCUUUCCGUAAUCAAAACUGUUUGGAGGGUAUACAAGAAUAACAAUCUGAUCCAUAAGGGUUUAAUGCAUUUUAUUAUUCAUUAAUUUCAAUAGUAAAAAUUUUAAAUACAAAGAUUCUUUUCUAGUUUGGUCGGUGGACCAGGGUCAGGUCUACAAAGAGACUAAUAAGGUUUAUGGACUGAGCCCACAAGUGUCAAGAGGC